AUGUCAUGGACAGAGCCCUCCUUCCUCAUCACCUUCACCUCUCUCGACACCACCCUCCUACCUCUCAACAACGUCGACACCGUCUCGGUCGCUGACACCACCCUAACCCUACUCAAAAUCUACCCGACUCAGAACCCUGCCUACAGUCCUGUGGACAGCCGUUGUAUGUUCGACGACGAAAGCUGCUGGGACUCGCUGCUCGACGACCUGUACCCCGAAUACCCGAUCCCCGACUCGCCAGCACGCUGGAGAACACCGACGCCACCAACGGAGGAAGCCGAAGAAACCAACUUCGGAGAGAAAGAGCCCACCGAGCACGUCACCGAUCACACCUUCGGCGACUCAACUACCCCUGUUCCUGCCGUCCGCAUCACCGUCACCGAAGAUCGUCCCUACACGCGCCAGAUCAACAUCGGUGGUGCUGAGUUUGACCUCCGACUCCGACUCCGAGAAAUCGACGACGAGUACGAAGCACUCUACGGCGAACCCCCAAGCCGAGAAGAGUCCACCGUCCCCGAUUCCGAGGCCGUCCCGUCCCUUCCGAUACCGAUCUUCGCGAGCACCUUCCCCACCUACCACUCAACCCUCGCGGAACGCGCUCGCACCGACAUCGACGGAAUCAAUUAUUGUCACGGGUUACGGCACAUCCGAGCACCCCUAUACAAUUUCCGACCUGAGCACCGACAAUUCUUCUUCCUAUCGCACUACUUCGAGGACGGAGAAGUCGAGCCACGGUCGUGUGCCAUUCAACCCUGCCCCCAUCGUCGAUCGUCGGAACGAAGAAGUCUUCUCUACGCGCCUCCAGGAUCAUUCCUCUAUCCUCCUCGCUCCAUCACCCCGGACCCCGCUCCCAUCUAUCCAGAGCCUAACGAGGAACCCACACCUCGUUACGAACAACAGGAGUCCUGCCCAUCUCUCGAGGAGUUCGACAGAGCGCGAGACAACGACUGGUGCGGCCUCUUGGUCGAACAACGCGAGGAGAUCGACGAAACCUUCGACCGCAUCUGGAACGACGACGAAGCCCUCGACGCCUGGCUCGACGCCCCCCUACACCACUUCUAA